ACCCCUCUACAAAAUUUAGUCGCACUCUAGACUUCGCAGAGAAUAGUCGUGUCCAAGUAACUAGAGUACUACGCAGCACCAAUCGCAGUGAACAUUUCGUCAUAACAACAUUGUGAUAGUGACAAAUAUUUUUCGGGACGUGAAAAGUGGGAGUGUUUUUAACGUUUUGAACAAUUUUCCUAAUAAACUACGCCGUGAACAGUUUUGUGCAUUUUUCUAUUUGUGAAUUAUGACAUUGUUCCCACUAUUUGGAUAAUUCCGGAUAAGGAGCCGAUAAUUACCGCAAAUAUUUUCAACCACAUUGAGGAUCCUUGCGGGCCGGGCGUCGUCCGCCGCAACAUGGUCGCCGAGUUUAUUCUGAGCCAGCAGCAGCUGCUGGGCGCCGGAGGCGUAGGGCCUGCUCCCUCGCCUCAGCGCGUGCCACCACCUCCACGCGCUCGUCUCUCCGUUUCCCCGCACUUCCCGAUGGAUCAGCCGCCGUCCAACGGCCCACCCGGGGACCCGCACGAUUACCCUUCCAAUUUUGACUUCAAGCGUAAGGAAUUCUUCGGUCAGCGCAAGCAGCGCGAGUUCAUCCCCGACAGUAAAAAAGACGACGGCUACUGGGACCGCAGGCGGCGCAACAACGAAGCCGCCAAGCGCUCGCGCGAAAAGCGCCGCUUCAACGACAUGGUGCUCGAGCAAAGAGUCGUCGAACUUUCCAAAGAGAACCACGUACUGAAGGCUCAGCUUGACGCAAUUAAGGAAAAGUACGGCAUUUGCGGCGACAACCUCAUCAGCAUCGACCAGGUGCUCGCCACGCUGCCCACCUGCGACCAGGUUCUGUGUGGCUCCAAGCGCACCAAGCUGUCGACCGGCGCACUGUUUCCGCCAGCGCCACCGCCGCCGCCGCCAGCUCCGCCUGCUUCGCCACCCUCCCCGCCACCGCAGCGGGCGCCGGAGCCCUACCAAGAGCGACUUCCAGCGCCAGAGGCAUACUACCCUCACCCGGCGCACUACGAGCCACCCGGUUCCGUUCUUAACCUGUCGCGGACACGCCGAGCCCUCUCACCUUACGAGCUGUCCUCGCUGUCGGGCUCCGGCGACGAGACGACGGAACAGUACGCGCCCGAGAACAACUGCCUCCCUCUCAAACUGCGCCACAAAACCCAUCUCGGCGACAAGGACGUGGCCAGCGCCCUGCUGUCCCUCCAACACAUCAAACAAGAGCCGGGGCCGCGCUCCUCGCCCUCCUGGGACGGCGAGGGCUCCAGCGAUGAAAGAGAUUCAGGCAUCUCGAUCGGCGUCGACUACAGGCCGCAGCGGCCUGACGACAGGCUCAUCGAGGAAGAAGACGCCCACCUGAAGGCAGAGCUUGCGCGGCUGGCCACCGAAGUAGCAACGCUCAAGAAUAUGAUGCAUCAGAACAAGGCGCGUGCGCACGAGCACUGAGCACGACCGCUUGCGCCGUGCGCGCCGCCUUCCCACAACACGUCUCCCCUCACAAGUAGACGAAGUUACCACGUUGUAAAGAGAUGAUUUAUAUUUGUAUGAUAUGCGCAGCUGUACGCGACCAAGUCGCAUCGCCCAUUUGUAAUCCUUCCUAGUAGUUAUAUGUGUCGGUGUUAGCGGAGGGCCGCGGCGACGCCAUGCCGCGGUUCGCCCUCAUACUAAACUUUCGGUUUGCAGACUUUUCGAGCAGAUUAAACUUGUCUACUCAGUGAUAGAUAUAAAAAAAAUGCAUUUUUAGUGGUGAGCUAUGUAUAAUGUAUAUGUUAUGUAAUAAGUAAGCGAAGUAGAUCUGUUUCAUCUAUUCGAAGACUCGGUAGUUUAAAAUCGAUGGCUAAAGACUAAGUUCUACCUAAGUGUUAGUUCGUAAGUCGAUGUAGGUUAUUGUAAGUCAAACAUAGAUUAUUUAUAAAUUUUUAAAUGUAUAAUGUCUUUCUCAAUCGGAAUGCCGUUAAGUUCCAAACCAAAAAUAAUAUACGAGAUACCUCGUAUGCUGUCAUGGAAUCGCAAAAUAGUUUAUAAGGUUUCAUAAAAUCCUAAUGUUAUGCAAAAGCAUUGAUCAGAUUAAGUAUACCAGUGCCUUUGACAAUACAUACCUACCUUUAAAAUAGUUAUUUAAUAAUAUUUUUGUACAUUUCUUAAUAAAAUCUCUGGGAAACUUCAGUCGGCUGGACCUCUAAAAUACCAUUUCGAGAAUUACGUGUGAAGCGCAAAGCGUUUAAUACUUUUCCAUCGUUCUUUCCAACAAUGAAAAUUGUCAAAUGUGAAUAUCGAAAAAAUGUAAUUAGUUUGAGAAAUUUCUAAAUAUUUCAGUUGUAAGAGUUUACGCUCCUGGUGAUGCCCUAUAGGGCACGUGAUAGGACUGAAGGAAGUUAUACGAAGUAUUUAUUUAUUCGGACCGCGAAAGAGGAUUUUACAAUUUAUAUCUUUGUAUAAGACACUAUACGAUAUGAAU